GCCCUCCAAUGGCUCAACCCCAUCAAAACACCAAGUGGUACUGAAAACGAAGGACGCCACCACUUCUUAGCAGGCGUACCCCAGAGGAGCGUUUGGGAGGAUGUCAGACCAACAAAGUGCUCCAGAGCAGCUGGCUGCUGGGAAGAGCCAAGGUGGAGCUGGAGCCACAUAUAAGGUGGUGCUUUUUGAAUUUGAGAACUUCCAAGGAAGCAAGGCUGAAUUUUCGGCAGAAUGUAAAGAUGUACUAGACAAAGGCCUCAAGAAAGUUGGCUCGGUGAUCGUUGAAUCUGGACCUUGGGUGGGUUAUGAUCGCCAUGGCUUCACAGGGGAACAAUUCAUCCUGGAGAAAGGCCAGUACCCUCGCUGGGAUACGUGGACCAACAGUCAGAACAGCUACUCCCUUUUGUCUCUCAGACCACUCAAGGUGGUUGUGAACCCGUCUCAAGACAAGACAACGCAGGACCCUUUGACCACCAAAGAUGGAACAGACCACAAGCUGCACCUCUUUGAGAAUCCUGGAUUUACCGGAAAAAAAAUGGAGAUUAUCGAUGAUGACGUCCCCAGUUUGUGGGGCCACGGUUUUCAGGAUCGUGUCGCAAGCGUCAAAGCUCUUAACGGAACGUGGGUCGGAUACAUGUACCCCGGCUAUAGGGGGCGCCAGUUUAUAUUUGAACAAGGGGAUUUCAAGCACUGGAAUGACUGGGACGCCCCCGUACCGCAGAUCCAGUCUGUUCGACGUGUGCGGGAUAUGCAGUGGCACAAGAGGGGCUGCUUCUCCGCUGCGGACCCGACUCCAGCUCCGGCUCCCGCUCCGGACCCAGACCCCGCUCCGGUGCCCCCUGCUCCGACUGCCAAAGCCAGCUGAGCAGAAUCCCAACCAGCUUCCUAUUCAUCCUCUCCCUUGCUCCAUGCAGAGCCGACCCGCUGCCUUCACUAACCAUGACAGAUGCCGCUUGUGCCCACAAAGGAGUGCCAUGUACGUUUCAGUCGCCAAUAAAACCUAUUUGACAUGGAA